AAUACAAGGGACACUGAUUGUCCGUUUUCAGAUUUCUGAGUUGAUAAUCCGUUUCCUUUUCCGUUUCUCUCUAGAAGGAAAAAUGUCAAUCUUUUUGGCCACGAGGAUAAUGCUUCUUCUUCCACUCAUGUCAACAAUUCCUCCAAAAUCAGCUGCAGAAUUUGAGCAGUGGUGCAUAGCUGAUGAGCAAACCCCAGAUGAUGAGUUAAAGGCAGCCAUGGAUUGGGCUUGUGGGAGCGGCGGUGCGGAUUGCAGUAAGAUUCAGACGAACCAGGGUUGUUAUUUCCCCGACACCAUGAGAAACCACGCUUCCUAUGCAUUCAAUGACCACUUCCAAAAGUUCAAGCACAAUGGCGGAUCUUGCAACUUCGGAGGAGCUGCCAUGAUUACAGAACUCGAUCCCAGUUAUAACAAUUGCCAAUAUCCCUUUAUUCCUUGAUCAAUAUCAGAUUCAGCUGUUGGUCUUUCUAGUUUUGAUUUGUUUGAGAUUAUGGAG